AUGACGUCGUCGCAGAGCACAACAGCACAGCAGGUGCCGGCAUGGAAACGAUUGGGCCUUAAGCUCAAGCAGCCCGGUGCUGCAACAGACUCUGCAAAUGGUGGCACCCCGGCCGUUGGGCACCCAAGCAGCACCCAGCGCGAAGCCCAGUCGAACAAAAGGAAGAGUGAAGCCCCGCUGGCCACAGACUCAUCCUCAUCUAUUAAAAAGGCCCGAACGGACAAAGAAUUCCCUCGGAGUGCUGAGAAGAACUCAAAUCUCAAGAAAAAAUCCAAAACAGUCACAUUUGGAGACACUCCGACAAAGAACGGAAUCACAUCCGCAUCACACAACUCAAACAAGGACAAGCCAGCCAAAUCAAAGAAGAGCAAGGGCCCUGCCAAGAAACAGCCGCCGGUCAAUCCAAAAGACAUCAAGCCGGCCCUUGACUAUCUCCAACAGUGGAAAUCGUCGCGUGACAGCUGGAAGUUCAACAAGAAUUUCCAGUCUCUACUUAUCGACCGGGUAUUUGACGCCGAUGAUAUCCCCGCAGAAAACAUUGCGACUUUCUAUGAGUAUAUACGCGACCUGAAAGGAUUUGUGAGGACGAGGCUGCGAGAGACUGCUAUGGAAAUAAAGACGAAGGAUAUUGCAGAUGGCCCCUCGGGCUUCCCAGCGGGCACUGGGGCCCUCGACGCCAAACAAGAGUCGUAUGAGCAACUACUGUCCGACCUGCUAAGUGCGACACGAAUCGGAAAGAAGCGAAAGGGAUAUGACGAAGUUGAAUUUGUGGCAUCGUCUGAAGCGGGCGAUGUUAUUAUCCGCCGGGUCGUCAAGCGAAUGAGGGCAGAAAUGAUUCUUGACGAGCUCUCAGACGGAGAACAGACGGACACCAGCCGCACAACACAAUCCUCCGACAACACCUUCACCACCAGCGAGAAUCACACCACAGUCCGCACUGACGGCGAGAAGCAACUCAAGCUAAAUGACGGGACAUCGAGACGCCGACGAAAGUUGCGGGUGAACGUGGACGAUAGUAGCAGCUCAGAGUCGGAGUCUGACAGCGACUCUGAUUCGAGCAGCAGCUCCUCUGAUGACUCUGACGAUUCAGACUCCGACUCCGGUGAUGAAGCAGAAGCUCAAGAGGACGAUGGCUAUGAAUCAUCAAGCAGCUCAUCGUCAUCUUCGUCUUCGUCGGCCGGCGAGUCGGACUCGGAUGAUGACAGUGCCGACGAUGAUGAUUAG